AUGGCGCCUCCUAAUCCGACCGGCUUCGACAUGAAGGAGUUCGUGCGAGCUUCUACGAGUACACAGUGGCGGUCAAAAGACCCUUGGAAGAGAAAUGAGGCAUGGCGAUCGACGGGCCCCUUCACCCGGUGGAACAGGUUCAAGGGAGCUUUCCCAGGGUUCGGAAUUGCUGUCGGCGCAUUUGCAGUCUACCUGGUUGCUGAGCAGGUCUUCUUCAAGGACGAGCAUCACGGCGAUGGUCAUGGCAAAGACCAUCAUUGA